CUUCCGGGGCGGGCGGAAACCAGCGCCGCCGUGGUUCUGUCAUGGCCGAGGCUGCUGAGGAGCCCUCGCUGGAGGCCGCGGCGCUGGCGGCGGCCCGGGAGCGAAGCAGCCGCUUCUUGAGCGGCCUGGAGCUGGUGAAGCAGGGCGCCGAGGCUCGCGUGUUCCGCGGCCAUUUCCAGGGCCGUGCGGCGGUGGUGAAGCACCGCUUCCCCAAGGGCUACCGGCACCCGGCGCUGGAGGCGCGGCUCGGCCGGCGGAGGACGGUGCAGGAGGCCCGCGCGCUGCUGCGCUGCCGCCGCGCGGGGAUAUCUGCCCCUGUUGUCUUUUUUGUGGACUAUGCUUCUAAUUGCUUAUAUAUGGAGGAGAUUGAAGGCUCGCUGACUGUUAGAGAUUAUAUUCAAUCCAUUAUGGAGGCUGAAAAAACUCCCCAAAGCCUGUUUGCCCUAGCCAGGCGAAUUGGGCAGGUUUUGGCUCGAAUGCACGAUGAAGACCUCAUCCAUGGUGAUCUCACCACCUCCAACAUGCUCCUGAAGCCGCCCCUGGAGCAGCUGGACCUGGUGCUCAUUGACUUCGGGCUGAGUUUCAUCUCGGGCCUUCCUGAGGAUAAGGGAGUGGACCUCUAUGUCCUGGAGAAGGCCUUCCUCAGCACCCACCCCAACACCGAGCCUGUGUUCCAGGCCUUUCUGAAGAGCUACUCUACCUCGUCCAAAAAGUCCAGACCUGUGCUGAAGAAAUUAGAUGAAGUGCGCCUGAGAGGAAGAAAGAGGUCCAUGGUGGGGUAGAGGACUUGGCUGCUUGGCUCCUCAGUCAGUGAAGAAUCACUGCAGGGAAACAGACAUGAAUAAAGGUGUCAAGAUGUCUGACGUGCUCUGUGAUCGUGCUUGCUAAGUGUCAUUGUCAUCAGUGGGUACUGUUCACAGCAGCUUGCCCUGCCUGACAAGCAAGCAGAUAGAACUGGCCAUUGAAAAUCAGUCCAGAAUGGCUUUCUUCUUCCCACAUUAUCACUUGUAUACCUCACACACAUGAGGAUAGCGUUGGACACAUAGUGAGACGAGGACAG